GCUGUCAUUCUACAAUCUGUUGAAAAUGGCGGAGAUGUUGAGAGUACAACAGGCCAACGCUUUGCCGAAGCUCUUUCCCCAAAAGCGGCCGACACGGCUAUGUCGGAGUUACGAUCACUCUCUUCUUUAAUAACUCCAAGAAUCGCUAGCAGAAAACGCAUUACUUCUGAGGACCUCUCAAAGGGCUUCUGCCUGUCAGAUGUGGAUCCGGCCAACAUGGCUCUCCUUAUGCUCCAGCCUCCAUCGCCACCCCCACUGCUCUGUCAUCCACCUCGAACUCCACGAUCUAUCCGAAGACCCCUCACAGCGCUGGUCACAACAGGUCGUAGGAGCAGAAGGACGGUUAAAGACAUAACCAAUCAGAUGCACUGUAUCCCGGAGACACCGUUGUGCAGUCAUCCUGCAGGCUUCUCGAAGACCCCUUCCAAACUCUUCUCCAGCAGUGGAUCAACUGUCACGCCAGUUCAAGCCACCGCUCCUGACGAUUCGGUGGCUGAACCACCCUCCGCCCCCAUGGACUCUGCCUCGCACAACCACGGCGGCUCUUCCACCUACCAGCCCAGAGUAAGUUAUCGUCACCGCUAUGACAAAUACUCAUCUCGCCUGUCCCUGUAG